AUUUAUUUAAAGUUUUGACUUUCUAUUUUGAAGAAAUAAUAAGAUGUUAUUUUUUUAUCAAGAAAAGGAUUAUGUUAGUGGAAAUCAACAACUUGGAAAAAUUUGUAGUCUGAUAUGAUGAUAUAUUAUUUGUCUAGUAUGAUAUGAUGCUAUAUUAAUUAUUAUGGCAGUGCUGAAGAAACAAAGAUUUUAGUACAGCAGCAAUUUUAUAUGCAGACCUCAAAGAUUGGCUUAAGUAUUGGUUUACUUUCAUCAGUAACUCAAUUCAUAUGGUCAAACUCAACCUAUCUUAAUCCCGAGAGUUUUGAUUGAUUGAUGAUGAAGGUUGUUAACCACAAAAGUGUCUAAUCCUCAUAUGAGUCCCCGGCUAAAUAUUAUCUUAUAUUGACACCUUGUUGUUAUAAAUUGCUCAUCUAGUAAGUGAUCUUGUGUUCAUUUUCAUCCAGUUAUCAAGUUAGUGUCUAGAAAAUCAUAAAAUUAUAAUUUUUUGGUAGAAAGAAAAGAAAACAUCAUUUCAUUGAUGCUGGUAGAUUAAAUACCAAGAUUUUUGUCCAUAUUCGGGAAUCGCCAAAAGUUUUAUGAAAAGAAACAAAAGUUGAAAAUUUAUAAUCUCUCUCCAAAACUAGUUCAACCUUAGAAAGCCACAUGUCUUCGUUUGUUACAUGUUGCAUUUACAUUUCAACACCUAUUUAUUACUUGCUUCCCAUUUUAUCUUUAUACAUGAGUAUUUAUUUAUCAAAAAGCGAGGUGUGUAUAUUUAUUUGUGGUCAUGUCAUUUUAAUUUGUUCCCAGCGAUGUAGUAGUUGAUAAUCUUUAGCAUCAUUCAUUUCAAAUGUCAUAUUAUUUUUCGAUAUAAGAUUAGGCAACAGUUUUUUUUGGGCAAUGGAAAUUUAUCAUUUUCGAAAACCAGUUCCGAUUCAUGUCGGGUCGUUCGACUACGACAAUCAUUCAUCUUGUAAGGAGGUUGGUGGAGUAGUAUAGGGAGAGGAAGAGGGACUUGCAUAUGGUGUUCAUUGAUCUAGAGAAAACAUAUGACAAAGUUGCAAGGGAGGUUAGAGGUGUUCUUAUGGCUUACACUAGGGCAAUUAAGGACAAUGUACGAUGGAGCUAAAACUCAUGUGAGGACAAUGAGAGGGGACUCAAACUACUUUCCAGCUGUGAUGGGGUUGCACGAGGGGUCAGCUCUUAGCUCGUUUUUAUUUGCCUUGGCACUGAAUGCACUGAUGCGUAACAUUCAAGGGGAGCUGCCAUGGUGUAUGUUUUUUGCGGAUGAUAUUGUACUGAUUGACGAGCCACGAGACAGUGUUAACGCGAGAUCGGAGGUUGGGAGACAGACCUUGGAGUCUAAGGGUUCAAGUUGAGUAGGACCAAGACAGAGUAUUUGGAGUGCAAGUUCAGUGACGAGACUAAUGAAGUGAACGUGAGGCUUGAUACACAACUCAUCCCCAAGAGAGAGUUUCAAGUACUUGGGGUCUAUAAUCUAAGGAGAUGGGGAGAUUGACGAGGAUGUUACCCAUCGUAUUGAAGCGCGGUGGGUGAAGUGGAGGCUCACAUCCGGUGUUUUAUGUGAUAAGAAUGUGCCGCUUAAACUUAAAGGUAAGUUCUACUGAGUGCUAGUUAGACCGACUAGGGCAGUCAAGGACUCCCAUCUCCAGAAGAUGAAAGUAGAAGAGAUGUUGAACUUCAGAAAGGAUGUGCAGGUAUACCAGGAUUGAUAAGAUUAUAAAUGAAGAUGAGGAUGUUGAGAUGGAUGUGCGGGCAUACCAGGAUUGAUAAGAUUGUAAAUGAAGAUAUUUUGGCCAGGGUGAGAGUGGCUCCUGUGGAGGACAAGAUAUGGGAAGCUAGACUUAGAUGGUUUGGGCAUGCGAAUAGAAGCACAGAUGCUCCGGUACGGAGGUGCGAGAGGUUGGCCUUAGUGGGUUUGAGAAGAGGUAGAGAUAGGCCAAAGAAGUAUUGGGAAUAUGUGAUUAGGCAGAAUAUGGCGUUGCUUCAGUUGUCAGAGGACAUGACCCUUGAUAGAAAGGUGUGAAGAUCGAAGAUUAAGGCGCAUCAUGAUGUUUUCCGCCAGAUGGUCGAUUUGAUUGGUAUAACAUCCAUAAUGGAGGUUUUGGUGCGACUUGUAGGUGCCGAUGAUCAAAUUUACCCCAACACAUCGGAUGUGAUGCAAUGGUUAACUGACAGCAAUUUGUUAGAAAUGAUCGUGGAUAAAUUGAGCCCCUCUAGUCCUCCUGAAGUACAUGCUAAUGCAGCAGAGACUCUAUGUGCAAUUACCAGAAACACCCCAUCACCUCUUGCCACUAAAUUAUCUAGCCCAAGCUUUGUUUCAAGGAUAUUUUGUCAUGCCCUUGAAGAUUCACAGUCAAAGUCUGCCCUUGUCCAUUCUUUGACUGUCUGCAUAUCUCUGUUGGAUUCAAAAAGAUCAAUCCCAUCAUUUAUGAUGUAUUCCUUCCGGAGCCAGCAUGUUUACGAGUCACCCAUGCAUGUCAGUCCUGACACUAUUGACGCAAUGUUGCCUAAACUUGGUGACUUGGUCAAGCUGUUGAAUGUGACCUCUGAUGAGAAGAUUCUGCCUACGACAUAUGGUGAACUCAGACCACCUCUAGGGAAGCAUCGCUUAAAGAUUGUGGAAUUCAUUUCUGUGCUACUGAAAGCUGGCAAUGAAGCUGCAGAGAAAGAGUUGAUCAGCUCUGGGACGAUUGAGAGAGUCCUGGAUCUCUUUUUUGAGUACCCUUAUAACAAUGCAUUACAUCAUCAUGUGGAGAGUAUAAUAUACUCAUGCUUGGACAGCAAAAACAAUAUCAUUGUCGACCAUCUUUUUGAAGAGUGUAAUUUGAUUGGGAAGAUACUUCAAACGGAUAAGCAGGCCACAAUUUCUAGUGAUGAAAAACAGCCAACUUUACCUGCUACUGCGAAGCAAGCACCCCGAGUGGGUAACAUAGGACAUAUAACACGGAUUUCUAACAAACUUGUUCAGUUGGGAAAGAAUGACAACCACAUCCAAGAACAUCUUGAGAAAAAUAUGGAAUGGAGUGAUUGGCAAAUUACUGUUUUACAGGAGCGUAAUACGAUCGAAAAUGUCUACCGAUGGGCUUGUGGCCGGCCAACUGCAUUGCAAGACCGGAUGAGGGACAGUGAUGAUGAAGAUGUGCAUGAUAGAGAUUAUGAUGUAGCAGCUUUAGCCAAUAAUCUUAGCCAAGCAUUUCGCUACACCAUAUAUGACAAUGAUGAUGCUGAAGAGGGUCAUGCAGCUGUUGAUCGAGAUGAUGAGGAUGUUUACUUUGACGAUGAAUCUGCUGAAGUUGUGAUAUCAUCCCUCCGAUUGGGAGGUGACCAGGGGAGCAGUUUAUUCACAAACUCAAACUGGUUUGCUUUUCAAGAUGAUAGACUUGGCGAUGCACCUCUGAACACCUCACCUACAGAGGCAAUGGAAGAGAUCAACCUUAAUGGAACAUCAAAUGAUGGGAAUAGCAAUAGUGAUGACGAGGUAGUAGUAGGAGAGGAGGACGAAUUGGCUGAGAGCAAAAAUUCUACAGAUGCAACACCCACUUCUACUUCAAAUGCUGUUAGUGGAUUGGGUGGAUUGGAUUCUGUCAAUGGUGGUAACUUCAGUCAACAAAGCGAGAAAGCAGGUGUGUCAGAUGACAUGGGUUUCUUCCGCUUUGAGACGUCAGACAAUGAUGACCCCUUUGGAGACAGGCCUAUGCCUGAAUGGGCAGCAUGGGGGGAUGCGUCAGAUUUUCAGGUUGGUAGAUCCUCUGUGAACCCAUUUGAAGAUCCUAGUAACUCUAGUGGCCAUCUGGCCAAUUCAGGGGAGGCAACAACUCCGUUGGUAAGUUCCACUUCUGGUGGUAGUGGAGAAUCUCUUCCAAAUGGUGUCUCAACAUCUCCAGAUUCUAGCAAAACUUCAACUGGAUCUGAUUCUAGUCAGAAAGCAACUGCUGUUCCUUCUUUGUUUGAAGAGGAUGUUGAAUUUGUUGGGGUAGAAUUAGAGGGUACUGAAAAGGCAAUGGAACAUGCUCUUAAGGAGGGGAUUGUUGGGGAGGCUGCUCCUUUGAAAAGGAGCACUGUUCCUAAGAAUCCUGAAAAGGAGAGUACAGAUGAUGGUGGGGCAGGAAUAAAGGAAUACAAUGAUGCAAACUACUGGAGGGUUGACCAAGAAGUUGCAGUACUGGAGUAACUGUAUGCGGAAAUCCGUUGAGCUUCAUUUGAACCUGGGAUUCAGCGCUGAUUGCUUGGAUCCCCAUUUUUAGUUGGUGAGGUUAUGCAGCCAGUUGUGUACAGUGGACUUGUUCUCUGAUCGGGAUCAAACGAUAGGCUAAUAUAAUGGUUGUAACUUAUUAUUUACUGUUACACUUCUUGAUGUUUAUUGUUCAGCUUCUUUUUUUCCCAGUUAUCAAAUUUUUGAUCUCUUCUCCCUAUACAUCCGUAAUAUUGUAUCUGGUGUAAAAUCUGGAUAAAGUAGUUCCAGUUUAAGGCAGGCUUAACCGCUUAAGGGCUGCGGUGUUGGAAUAAUCUGGCUUCAUAUCUUCGUUUUGUUAAAUUAUGGAUACAGUUGGCUUUGUUA